CAAAAGAAAAGAAGUAAAACAGCCGGCGACAAGGCAUUGGGGGUCUCUCUGCAAGUCUAAACUUAGUUCACUCCCAAAUCCCAAAACCCUAGGAGAGAGAAAGAGACAGACACAUACAGAGAGAGAGAGAGAGAGACGUUGAGUUGAAAUUGAAUGAUCGAUGGCGACUUCGAAUUCACGAAAAUCAGAAACCUCCCCUUCCCCUUCUCCCACCACCAACUUCAUCCCCAUCCCCGCCGCCCCCGUCCCUAAAACCGUCGAUGACGUGUGGCGGGAGAUCGUGGCCGGCGACCGCCGUGAGUGCAAGGAGGAGGCCCCCGACGACGACUACGACAAGGAGAUGAUGACCCUCGAGGACUUCCUCGCCAAGGCCGACCAAGACCAAGAACCCGACUACGACAACAACAACAUCAAGAUGCCAAUGCCACUCACCGAGAGGCUCGGCAGCGGCACCCUCUUCUCCUUCGACCACCUUCCCACGACGCCGUUUCACGACUCCGCCGCCGCAGAAGGCUCCGUCAUAGGCUUCGGAAACGGCGUCGAGGUCGUCGAAGGGGGGAGGGUUAAAAGACGGCGUCCCGUUUUGGAGCAGUUGGAUAAGGCCGCGCAGCAGAGACAGAGGAGGAUGAUAAAAAACAGAGAAUCUGCUGCUAGGUCCAGGGAACGCAAGCAGGCAUACCAAGUGGAAUUGGAGUCCUUGGCGGUGAAACUAGAGGAGGAAAAUGACAAGCUCUUGAAGGAAAAGGCUGAGAGGAAAAAGGAGAGGUACAAGCAGAAUAUGUUAUCGAUGAACAUUUCUUCUAGAUUUUUUGCCUAUGGCAACGUGACUGCUAAUGGAAAAAGUACUCCCUAUCGCGCAGAAGCAAAAGCCACCAUGUAUACUCCGUAGGGCUCGCUCCUUGCAAUGGUAGAUCAAAUUUUCCAGUGGUGCAGGACAGGAACUGAAUAUUAACCACAUCAGUGGUGGGGAAAUAAGCAAAUUAAUCAUUAUCUCUUAAAAAUCAUAGUUCUCAGCCUAACGGUUAGUCUCAAGGGCAAUCGUGGUUAAAGAUGUGAAGAGAUAGAAGGAAUUGGAACCUGAAUCGCCAAGAAAAAUUCCUUAUUACUUAAGAAACAACAUUUGCUUAUUCUCAGGAGGUAAAAGCAGAAAUAUGGAGUUGGACCGUGUAGUUUAGAUACAAAUUAAACAUCCUGUUUGCUACCCUGCGCAGAAUGCCAAUGUGUAAUAGUAGAGGGCAUAGGGGAUUUGUAGACUAGUAUAUAAUAUUAUAAUGUAGUCAUGGCUUAAACAGAUAUUAUUUGGAGAUAAAAGUAUAUAGAAACUAGUUUAGACUCA